GUAUGGACCAGGUGGGGCUGGGUCAGUUCCGGGUGGGGCUGGGUAUGGACCAGGUGGGGCUGGGUCAGUUCCGGGUGGGGCUGGGUAUGGACCAGGUGGGGCUGGGUAUGGACCAGGAGGAGGAGCAGGUACAAGAGCUGGAGGGUAUGAUGCCAACGCCAAAGCCCGUAAAUAUGGUAUGUUAAGUGGAGGACUAGGAGGAGGACUAGGAGCAGGAACAGGUGGAGCUGGACCUGGUGGUGCUGGGUAUGGACCAGCUGGGGGUGGCACCGGUGGUGGGACCAGACCUGGAGCCGGGGUUGGACCUGGUGGAACCGGAACAGGAUAUGGACCCGGGGGUGGAACAGGAACUGGUUCUGCUGGCACUGGAACUGGCCUUGGACCAGGAAGUGGAGGGGCAGGCUAUGGACCUGGUCGAGGGGCUGGAGUUGGACCAGGUGGGGCCGGAUCAGUCGCUGGUGGGGCCGGGUAUGGACCAGGUGGGGCCGGAUCAGUUCCAGGUGGGGCUGGGUAUGGACCAGGUGGGGCUGGAGUUGGACCAGGUGGGGCCGGAUCAGUCGCUGGUGGGGCUGGAGUUGGACCAGGUGGGGCCGGAUCAGUUCCAGGUGGGGCUGGUUAUGGACCAGGUGGGGCUGGAUCAGUUCCAGGUGGGGCUGGUUAUGGACCAGGUGGGGCCGGAUCAGUUCCUGGUGGGGCUGGAUAUGGACCAGGUGGGGCCGGAUCAGUUCCUGGUGGGGCCGGGUAUGGACCAGGUGGGGCCGGAUCAGUUCCUGGUGGGGCCGGGUAUGGACCAGGUGGGGCCGGAUCAGUUCCUGGUGGGGCCGGGUAUGGACCAGGUGGGGCUGGGUAUGGACCAGGUGGGGCUGGAUCAGUUCCAGGUGGGGCCGGGUAUGGACCAGGUGGGGCUGGAUCAGUUCCUGGUGGGGCUGGGUAUGGACCAGGUGGGGCUGGAUCAGUUCCUGGUGGGGCCGGGUAUGGACCAGGAGGAGGAGCAGGUACAAGAACUGCAGGGUAUGAUGCCAAUGCCAAAGCCCGUAAAUAUGGUAUGUUAAGUGGAGCGCUUGGAGGCGGUCUUGGAGCAGGAACAGGUGGAACCAGAACAGGAUAUGGACCUGGGGGUGGAACAGGAACUGGUUCUGCUGGCACUGGAACUGGCCUUGGACCAGGAAGUGGAGGGGCAGGCUAUGGA